GCGCGUUCACGUGGAGUCCUUCUGCGCGCGUGAUGUCUCGCGCAGCGGUGGCGCUUGGGCAAAUCGAGCUAAGCUAGCUAACGUUUCUGACUGCUGAUAUAUGUUUCGUUUUCAGUCCUUUGAUGAUGAUUGCACCCUGGAGGAGGAGGAGGGACUGGUAGAGGAGGAAGAUGAAAUCGACCAGUUUAAUGAUGACACCUUUGGGGCUGGGGCAAUUGACGAUGACUGGCAGGAGGAGCAUGCCCGGCUGGCAGAGCUGGAUGAGCGGGUGCGGGAUGGGCUGCUGGAAGGCGGUGACGCCUCUGCCUCAGCCCGUCCUCCUCCUGCGGACAAUGCGACCCUCCGCUCCACCUUCCCUCCAUCCUCUUCUUCCUCACUCCCUCCUCCUGGUUUAGAGGAAAAGGCUGGGGGUGACCUGGCCGAGUCACUGACUCUCCUCAUCCUGGGCUCUGAUCCUGCCAUCGCCGGAGUGGGUGCUGCAGAGCCGGAUAGGUCCAGCCUCCGGCCAUCUGCGCCUCCCAGCCAGGCACUGCCUUCACCGUUGAGCAGAAUGCCCACCUCGUUGCUUAGCUACCAGCAACAGCAGCACAUGCUGCAUAGAGGGGCCGCACCGCUGCAGCAGAUGAACUCUCACAGUAUUUGGGAGAACAGUAUGGGUUUUGGACCUGUUAGUGUUACCCCUGGGCUUGUCCCUCACAUGGAGGACUCACCACUACUGUCCAUCAUCAAAGAGGUGGGGCUUCCAAAACGGACACCUCAGGUCAACAGGGAGGAUGGUAGGGAUUUGUCUGAAAGAGUACCGCCUCCUCGUUCCUCUUCACCUGUGAUUGGAAGUCCACCAGUAAGAGCAGUACCUAUUGGAACCCCUCCUAAACAACCCAUGGGACAUGCCCUGAAUCAGCAGAUUCACCAUCCUACUGCUGUGCAUGUGAGAGCUCCAGUGCCACACCGUUAUCCCCAUCCCUUCCCUGAGCGCCUCUCCCCCAACACCCUCCUCAACAUUGCUAACUCUCCAUUAUGUCGUCCUCCCUUCCCUGCUGGAGUCGGUCCAGUCCUGUCUCAGAUCCAAAGGGCCCAGUUGCUUAACUCUCAGGUCGGACCUUUCCCAAGGGGUCCUGGUCCGGCUCCCCCAAUGUUGGCAGGUGGGGGUGGGGGCUUCAGGCCAUUUUUUGGACAGCCUCCUCCUAGGGUGGGCCCCCAUGGACCUCAUCCCCCUCCUCCUAACCACGCCCCUAUCCGGCACAACACUACUCACCUCCAUCCCCAGCACCGUAGGAUGCUCACCCAGAGGAUGCAGAGCAGAGGUGAUCGUGGUGGAGGAAGAGGAGGAGGAGGAGGUGGUGACAGGAGAAGUAGGGACCCCUACAGUAAUCUAAUGACUCAGAAGGAAAAGGACUGGGUGGCUCGCAUUCAGAUGAUGCAGCUCCAGAGCACUGACCCUUACCUGGACGACUACUACUACCAGAAUUAUUAUGAGAAGAUGGAGAAGCGCCAGGAGCGAGACAGAGACAGCAGCAGAAAGGAACACACCACCAAACUCAUCACGCCUCAGGUGGCCAAGCUGGAGCACACCUAUCGACCAGUCCAGUUUGCUGGUUCCCUGGGUAAACUCACUGUCUCUAGUGUGAACAACCCCAGGAAGAUGAUAGAUGCUGUGGUAACUACUCGCACUGAUGAUGAGGAGAAGAGAGAGAAGCAGGUGUGGAACAAGAGACGGCAGAUCCUUUACACUGUGGAAAAGAUGUACAGUCUGUUGCUGGAGGUGCAGGACUUUGAGAAAAAGUUCCUGCAGACUCCUGAGGAACAAAGAGAAGCACUGCUGGAGCAGCACAAGACCCACACGCUGCAGCUCUACAACUCUCUCAGAGAGAAAGAGUGGGAUGACAGAGUGAGUGAUGAACAGUGUCUGAUGAUUAUGUCGGUGCGUAAAGGGAAACGCCUCAUCUCUAGGCUUCUGCCCUUCCUCCCUCCACCACAAGCUGCUACUGUUGUCAUGGGAAUUGCCCGCAACCUUCCAGCCUUGGCCAAAAAGGACAAGCAAGACCAGGUCCUUUGCUGGUUGGUGGAGCCAGUUGCAGUUGUCAUCCAGUCCAUGUCUAGCUCUGCCCUCACUGAUCUAUUGCAGGAACUACAGGGCAGUGAGGGUCAGUUUCCCAGAGUGCUGCAAAAUAAGUUUGGCGUGACUCUACUUUAUCUGAUACUGAGUGAGGGGGAGAGAAUGCAGAGCUCUGAUCCCAACUGUGAGCUCAUGGACGACAAUCGAUGGACAGAGUUGGUGUUUUCAGUAACGAGGGAGCUGUUGAAGGUCCCCUCGUCCUCCCUCUCUCCUCCUCUCUUCACCCCUCCCAACCUUCUCUCCCUCUUCUCCCGUUAUGUGGACAGGCAGAGACUAGAGCAGUUGCAGGAGAAACUUCAGAUCUCUGCUUUGUCCAGGUAGAAGUAACUUCACACAUUGAGUCGCUGUUGAUGAGAGACUGAUUGUUAAUGUUUGUGUGGGUGUGUACGUGCAUACGUGUGCACACAGGUUUGUUUGUGUGUGUGUGGGAGAAGUAAUGUUUAGGGCUGAUAAUGAUUUUAAUCCAGCAGAAAACUGUCACUUUCUUAUUUUUCCCUUGUUAUGGAUUAGGUGUGUCUGUCAGAGUGUCUGUGUACGUGUGCGCGUGUGCGUGUGCGCGUUAGACGAAGGUUGAAACUGAGAGGAAAUUAAUCUGCAUUUUUAAAUAUCUUGUUAACAUUGAUGCCUGUGAUAAAACAUGAAAUUAAAAGUAUUUCUUUUGUAUAAGACA